UCUCACUCUCCUUUUGUGGUUUAACACAACUCCAAAAAUGGAGGUGUGUGUGUGUGUGUUAAAAAAAAAAAAAUGCGGAGACUGAAUAGACACAGGCUAUCCGAGAGAAGACACGGGGUCAGCGGCGGAAAGGAGGACAUCGUCGGCUCUCGCCCCCCGGUGACUCCCAUGUCUCUUGUCGGGGUGGGUCUAACCCAAAAUAUUCGUCAUCCUACAAUGGGCUGUGAGAGAUCUCAACUCGGAGAAUCCUCUCGCAGCUGUACAGCCGAAGAUAGGACCAAGACAUCGGAUCGAGUCGAUGACCGUGGCCUGUCUUCUUUUGUUCUGCGCCUCUCGGCCCGGUGUCCCGGCAGCUGCUGACUAGUCUGCCGUGCUUUGCGCAAAUGCGGUCGGCGUAGAGAAGACAGUCCUCCGAGGAGCAUUACUUUCAAUGUUGAAAUCCAGCCUUUGUCAGUCAGCGUAGUAUCCCAGUGAAUCGAUUUCUUAUAGUUCCGCUGAGCGGAUGGAGUGAAUUGAGCCAAAAGAGAGAGAGAGAGAGAGAGAGAGAGAGAGAGAGAGAGAGAGAGAGAGACGGACUGCAGUUCUGUUGCGUGUGAUGAUAGGAGACACAAUGACGCUCUUGUCUCUUCUGGGUCGGAUUAUGCGUUAUUUUCUCCUCAGGCCUGAGACAUUGUUUCUGUUGUGCAUCAGUCUGGCGCUGUGGAGUUAUUUCUUUCACACGGACGAGGUGAAAACCAUCGUCAAGUCCAGCCGGGACGCCGUGAAAAUGGUGAAAGGGAAAGUGGCGGAGAUGAUGCAGAAUGACCGGCUGGGGGGCCUCAGUGUCUUGGACGCAGAGUUCUCCAAAACCUGGGAUUUCAAGAAUAACAACGUAGCCGUGUACUCCAUUCAGGGGAGGCGAGAUCACAUGGAGGACCGCUUCGAGGUGCUCACCGACAUCACCAACAAGAGCCACCCGUCCAUAUUCGGGAUAUUUGACGGUCACGGUGGAGAGGCUGCAGCUGACUAUGUGAAGGCCCACCUGCCAGACUCCCUGAAGCAGCAGCUGCAGGCCUUUGAGAGAGAGAGGAGAGAUGGUGCUCUCUCCUACGGCAGCAUCCUGGAGCAGCGCAUCCUCACCGUGGAUCGUGAGAUGCUGGACAAGCUCUCUGCAAACCACGAUGAAGCAGGAACGACAUGUCUUGUGGCGCUGCUGUCAGACAGAGAGCUCACAGUGGCUAACGUCGGAGACUCUCGUGGUGUGUUGUGUGACAAAGACGGGAACGCUGUUGCACUAUCACACGACCACAAGCCGUACCAGCUCAAAGAGCGCAAGAGGAUCAAGAGGGCAGGAGGUUUCAUCAGUUUUAAUGGAUCCUGGAGAGUCCAGGGAAUCCUGGCCAUGUCCCGCUCUCUAGGGGACUACCCGCUGAAGAACCUCAACGUAGUCAUCCCCGACCCCGACAUCAUGACCUUUGACAUGGACAAGCUCCAACCGGAGUUCAUGAUCCUGGCAUCUGAUGGCCUGUGGGACGCUUUCAGCAACGAGGAGGCCAUUCGGUUUGUCCGCGAGCGGCUAGACGAGCCUCACUUUGGCGCCAAGAGCAUCGUCCUCCAGUCUUUCUACCGCGGCUGCCCCGACAACAUCACUGUCAUGGUGGUGAAGUUCAAAAGUGGAGCUGGGGGGAGCAGCAAGGCGGGGGAGUAGGUCAGGCUCAAGUUUAGGGAUCAUAUUGCGAUCAAUGUUAUCAAUGAUUUUCCACAUCAGGACCGGAGGAAGUUAAAGGUUACUGAGAACUGUACAAGUGCACGCACACACACACAGACAUACGCACACAUGUAAAAACACGUGUCAAAUUAGGGUUUUGUUUCGUUUGUAGGUUUCUGAUUGAGAUAAGGGCAUUCAAACACAAUACAGACAUCAUAACCAUGUGCAAACUUAAUAACGAAUACAUGAAAAAAUACUGAAGUUCUCCAACAGUGGAGAUGCAUAAACACAGCGUUUUCCGAGCAGCAGGGGAUACUUUCUCUUAACCAGCACACUUUAGACUGUGAUUACUACUGUAUACCGUUAAUGCACAUGAAUGGUACAGCUCCACUGGAGGCUUCAACUAGUGCCUAUUCAAAAACUACUGUGCAACCACAGGAAGCUAUUGAAAAUGUAUUUGCUAAAACACCACCCUGCUUGCUGCUUUUUAAUGAUGCUCUCAAGUAAUGUAUGUGUCUGUUACAUUUUUUAUGGGGAUAAUGUCAAACAUAAAAAGACUCCAGUGGAUCCAUACCUUUAUUUAACUUGAAGUAAUGCUGCACCUAAAAUCUAACUUUUGAGUAUCAACUGCUGGCCGCCUGUAGACUUAAAUGGUAGCUGUUAACCAUCUGUAGUUUCACCCUCUGGCUGCAGGCAGCUGUGAACAGUGUCACAAUACUCAAUCACAAUUCUGCUACUACUCUGUGGGUUGGAGUUCAUUAAACAUUUAGGUACGGACACAUCUAUAAAUAAAAGAGUACUGUCUUAAGUUCAAGCAGACACACAAUUGCAAACUGUAAAUGGUUAAGCAGGAAACUAAAGAAUUGAGAUGGAAUAUGAAAAGUGGACACAAGAGUAAUUUGAAUUACAAAAAAACUUACAUUUAAAAGUUUUUUUUAAAUCAAUGGGUUUCCAUUUUAAAAUGCAAUUACUAAUUUAUCAUUUAAAGAUGGAAUAAGAAAUUAAAUUAGUAAUUGGCAUUUCUUUUUACUUUGAGUUUUUUAGGGAUUUUAAUGUAGAGUAACUUAACAACUUAUAACUUUAUUUUUAUUUUUAAGUAGACCAAUUUAUGGAUGGGACUGUUUGCAGCAGCCAACCAGCAAAAUAAUGAAUGAACCAAUGAAUGUGCUGGAGGGGGGCUCCUCAGGCCACUUUUGUUCUUGAAGGCUGAAACUGCUAAAUUUACUUCCGCUUUUUGAGUAAACCAAAGGUUAGUGAUACUCAGAAGUUAUAUUUUAGGUUGUAGUAUUUCUUUCUUCAUACAUACAACACAUGCACACAGACACACAAUCAGUUAUGUCAAAAAUUGCACUUUUCAAAUGUUUAUUUUUUUGGAAUGGUGAAUUGUUACAUAUAUACUGUAUGUCCUCAGUAAUACAAGAGGGUUUUAAUGUAUGUACAACCUGAUUUACUUGCUGACCUUAACCUCUUGGCGGAACUAAUGUAAGCUGUUCAAUCAAAGUUGUUUUACACCAUCUGUAUCAGGGCAUGUGCUUCGGCUUAUCCAUGUUCAUGAACAAAGUACUCACAUACAGUACGUAUCCAUUGACACAAUGUUGGCUGCCUUUUGACCUGAAAGCACGAAACAGGAGGUGCAACAGACUUCCACACCUCUUCUACCAGGAGAAACCGGCGCAUGGUGAACUGCACAGCCGGAAUGCUAGUAGCUAGUGACAUGAUAUGCUCCUGAAGCAAUACAACUGGUGUCAUCAACAGCAACAACCUGUCAAGGAAGGUUACAGUAAACCAGACGUAUACCUUUUGUGUUCAACUAUGUUUUACAACUGUUGCAUGACCUUUGCAUCAAUUGAGAGAAGUCUUUUUUUUUAUUUAAGGUUUUACCUAAUGCCUUAUUUGUUGUUGAUUUUUUUUGGGGGGGGGUGUCUGGCGGUUUGCCAAAUCAAUAUACUGUACAUUAAUUUUUUGUCCUUCUGUACAUGACCAGAAGUUUACAAAAAAGGACCCAUCCCUUUAAUUUGAAAAGCUGUCAAUGAUUCACACAUGGUGAGCAGAUGCACAGUGUAAAAAGAAAAAGCAGUGUAAAACAAUUCUGUAUGCAAACUAUCAGUAUUAAACAAACUCUUUCAUCUGGAA